AUGCUGUUGGCGCUCCUGGUGGCCUUGGUCCCUCUCAGCGCGGAGGCCGCCCGCAGCGGCGGGCGCAUGGGCGGGCGCUCCUCCGCGCCACGCUCGGCGUUUCGGGCGGCGCCGAGGCCCCGAGCGGUGCCGAGGAGUGAGCCGCACUUCGGCGGGCCGAACGUGUCCAUUGGAAUUGGCCCUCCGGUCAUGCCCUUGGGCCGCUACGGAGGUUUCGGCCCCGGCUUCGGCUUCGGUGGUUUUGGCUACGGCGUGCCGCUGCCGCUGCCACUUCCGGGGCCCGCACUGGGCCCCUCCGCCAACGACCAGAUGCUGCAAAACCAACAGAUCCAGGACGAGCGCAAGCUGGAUGAUCAAAAUCGCGAGAUCGCAGACCUGAAGAAGCAAAUCGAGGCGGCUCGGUGCUCUGAAUCCAUUGAGCUGGCCGAAAAGAAUCGUGCCGCGCCGGGCUGCAUGCCGAGGCGGCAGAAGGAGCCGAAGCCAAAGAAGCGGCCGGAGGAGCGCAAAGAGAAGGUGGAGCCGAAGCCUUCCUCGCGGCGCUGGCGCUGGAUCGCCGCGCUGCUUUGCUUCGCAGCAGUGCAGGCGGUCGUGGCUUUCUCGUGGCGCCGCAACUCUCCCGACUUCCAGGCCGUUCCGGCGCCUCUGCGCUUCUUUCCGCCCGAAGCGCCGGAGUCGCCGGAGGCGCCUAAGGCGUCGUCCAAAGCCACGAAGCCGGCGCCGGAGUUUGAGGGCGAGGGCGAGGCACAAGGUCUGGGAUCUGGGGACAUUGCCGUGCUGGUUAUCGCCACAGGGCGGCAAGCGCAGCGGCUGCGGCAGACCCUGCAGUCGCUGCUGCGGGGCUUCGACGCAUCCGCGGUGCUGGUCUCGCAGGCGGCCCCCGGCGACGCCAGCCGACAGACGGUUCUCGAGCUGGGUGCUGCAUGGGCUGGUCCUGGCCGUGACGGCGCCUUUGACGGGGAGGCGGAGCCAUGGCUUCACUAUGGCCGGUCGUUGGAGUAUGCUGUGAGCAAUCAGUUCCGCAAUGACCGCUUUCGCUCCCUUCUCGUCGUGGAGGAGGAUUUGGUCUUCUCCUCGAGCCUCCGGAGCUUCCUGUUGAAGCUUGAGCCCCUACUCUUAGAGGAUCCUAGCAUUUGGUGCAUCAGCGCCUGGAAUGACAACGGCAUCGCGCCGUACUCUAGCGACCUGUCAGUGGUCAUGCGCACGGAGUCCUUCUCCGGCAUCGCCUGGAUGACGAGUCUCAGCCUGAUCCGCCAGGAUCUGCUGCCCAGCUGGUCCCAGCAGCGCAGCUGGCGCGGGCUGCUGCGCCAAAGGGCCCAGCUCGCCGCGCAGGACUGUCUCGUUCCAGAGGUGUCCCGUGCCGCUUUCGCGUGGUACCAGUGUGAGGGCUCCGGCAUACGGGGCCAGUGCGAUGAUGAAGAGGUGGCCGCGCGGCGCGCCGGCGCCUGGGCGGUGCUUGCCUCGCGGGAUGUGGCGCUGGGGGACGUGCAGCGCCUCUUGGCCGCGAGGUACGAGGCUCUGCUGGCCGACUGGCCACGCGGCCAAGGCCUCCUGCGCGCUCAGCCCAUCCGCGCGCUGGCGCAGCUCUAUGACACCGAGCCCUCCACGCCGUUACUUCUCGUCCUGGCAGACGAUCUCAAGGAGUCUCCCUGGGCUCCCAUCAUAGACUACUUUGGGCUGCCAUCCCUCAGGACCUCUUCCUUGACUGGCUCCUGGCAGGGUGUGCUGCGUUUACGCUGGCGCGAAGGAACGCUCUACUUGGCUGGGAGAUCUUCGCCCUUGUUGAGGCAGCUGAACCUGACCAGCAUCGCGCUCUCACCCAAGGAGUUCGAGCUGCUGCCUGGAAGCCGCGCACAUCGCCUCACCGGGCUGCAGCCCCCGGCGCCGCUGCCGCCCUUCGGGGCCGUCUCCGUGGCGCCGAAGGGCGCCAGCUGCGCGCUGCACUGCGCAGGUCAGGACGAGGUGUGCGUGGAUGCCGACUUGGUCUCAGUGGCACGCUGCUCGCCGCCGCUGACGGCAGUGCUACGCUGCCGCAGCUGCAGCGACCGGGCAGACUCUGCAAGCUUUCCUGGGCUGCAGCUCAGCUCGGAUACCUGCUACGCCGGGGCGACGCUGCCCAACUCAGGUGCAAAGUAUGGCCUGUGCUCUGCGCAGACUGAGGGCGUGCAGCGUUUGUGUGUAUGCCGUCGUCUUGGUAAGGCGCCCUUGGCUUUGCAGAGCGCCUCGCAGUUCUUCCCAUUGAAAGACGACACGAAGAGGAGUCGGUCCUUCCGAGCGGCCAAGGAGCAGCGCUCGCGCCCCAACUUGAAGCGCUUCGGACAGACUUUGAAAGCAGGUGCCAUUCCCUCCUCCGUGACGCCCAAAGAGCUCGCUGUGCUAAUCGUGGCAGAGGAAACGCCACGCGCUUCGUUGCAGGACACCGCGCCGCUGCAGCGGACCUUGGAGUCGCUGUCCCGUGCCGAGGGCUUCGUGGCGGGGUCGGCGCUGUUGGCCCACGCGGACGGGCGCUUCGCCACGGCGCAGCUGGCGGAGACUUUCCAGGUGCCCAGGGUGGAGGUCUCCAUUGACAAGCGAGUCAAGGGAGAGGUUGAGCGAAGAUCGGCUUUGUACAAGGGCGCCCUCACUGAGAUGGUGAAGCGGCAGGCGCCGGUGGUCGUUCUUGCAGAAGGUUGCAGGGUGGCUCCGGACGCGCUUUGGUACUUUGCCCAGCUGUCGCAGGUGCAAGACGAUAGCCUUCUGGCGGCCAACGGCUGGAAUGACCAGGGCCUGGCACCCUUUGCAGCGGAUGAGACGGUGGUGCUACGGACCGAUUGGUUUGCUGGAGCCGGGUGGAUGAUCUCUGCCGAAAAGCUACGGCAGGAGCUGCCACAGUGGCACAUCGGCCGGCCCUGGGAGUCCUUCCUGCGAGAGGGCAAGUUCAGGAAAGGAAGACAGUUCCUCACCCCAGAGGUCUCGCGUGUUGUGCCAGACCCCGGACUUUUGCUGGCCGCCUCAACGGCCGUCGACAAGAAGAGGUCGCAGCCCUUCCUCUUGGCACAGUAUCCGCUGGCUGCAGCUCCUGUGGUGGACCUUGGCGACGUGGAGCGCCUGACAGAAGAGAAGUACAAGCGGCUGUUCUUCAUCGACUGGCCGGGAGAGGGUUUGCUGAAUGCCAAGCUGUUGAGCUCCUUGCAGAGCAUCCUGGAGGGCAAAGUGAACUCAGGCGGCCCCUUUCGUCUCAUCUACCGCAACGUGGAUGCGGAGCUCGACACGACUUGGCGAGCCGUGGCGCAGUUCUUUGGGCUGUGGCCAGACCUACCCAUGCGUGGUUCGUACCAUGGAGUGGUGCGCCUUCGAUGGCGAGACACGGUGAUUUUCCUGGUACCCUCCUCCUCCAAGCUUUGCACUGGCGAGUUCCGGGAGGCGCUGCUCACAGAGGAGGAGGAUGCUAAGAAGGAUUCUGUGCUGCCGCCCUUGAGCAGCCGGAAACCGCAGCGCAGAGGGGGGAGGGCCGUUUGA